AUGGCUGAACGUACAGGGUUGAUUCCUUUUGAGACAGUCUCAGAUUGGGCCAAAGUAGGGUUGAUUCCUUUUGAGAUAGUCUCAGAUUCGGCCAAAGUAGGGUUAGUUCCUUUUCAGACAGUCUCAGAUUGGGCCAAAGUAGGGUUAGUUCCUUUUGAGACAGUCUCAGAUUGGGCCACAGUAGGGUUGAUUCCUUUUGAGACAGUCUCAGAUUGGGCCAAAGUAGGGUUGAUUCCUUUUGAGAUAGUCUCAGAUUCGGCCAAAGUAGGGUUAGUUCCUUUUGAGACAGUCUCAGAUUGGGCCACAGCUUAUUCGAAUUUCAAUAGUACAUGGAUUUCGAAAUCGAAUUCCAUCGACACGGCUGAACGGUUGAUUCCUUUUGAGACAGUCUCAGAUUGGGCCAAAGUAGGUGCCUGA